AAUAGCAUAAACUUUACAGAGCGAGCCAUCAUAGAGGUUAAAUCUCUGAUCAAGGAUGCAUUUCUCCAUUCCUGAUACAGAAGAAAAAGUGGAUGAAAAAGGAGUACCUUAUACAGUCUAUAGAAUUAACGUUAACGGUGCUCACCAUUGUACAGUUAGAUAUAGGCAAUUACAUUUACUUCAUGAACACUUAAAAAAGGAAUUUGGGUCAGGGCAACUUCCAUCUUUUCCACCAAAGAGAUUAUUAGCCCUUAGUAAAACUCAGGUCGAAUCAAGAAGAAUGGGCUUAGAGAGUUACAUUCAAGGAGUCAGCCAGACAACAGAAGUUCUAAAUUCUAGCAUAUUCAGCAAUUUUAUGAUUCAAGCUCAACAGGGUAAUUUACAAGAAGAAAGUUGCAAUAUAAACAUUGAUAUUUAUUUGGUAAAUGGCCAAAAAGUAACAAUAGAAUGUAGUAACAUGGCCCAAACGGAACAAGUGAUGAGUGCGGCGGCAAACGAAAUCGGAUUAGCGGAAGAGUAUAUGGCUUAUUUUGGAUUGUUUUUAGUAAAGUUAGUGGAUGAUAGACAAAUUCUUGUAAGGCCGUUACAAGAAUUUGAAUCUCCUUAUAUUUCACUAAGAAAUGCCUCUGAAAAAUACUCCCACAGAAUUAUCUUUCGUAAAAGCUUCUGGGAUGCAAGCUAUGAAGAUGCUUUAAUGGAAGAUAGGAUUUGUCUUAAUUUACUUUUUUGUCAGGCUGUCAGUGACUUGAAACAAGGUUGGAUUGAAGGAUCAGCGGACCAAAUCGCUCAGCUUAAAACGCUGCAACAAAAAAAUAGUAAAAAAGAAUAUUUGAGAUUAAUUAAGACUUUGAAGUUUUAUGGUUAUAUAAAAUUCGAACCUUGUGUCACAAAUUAUCCUCAUGAUAAUUGUAAUGUUAUAAUUGCGGCUGGGAAUAAAGAAAUGAUUUUCAGAAUCGAAAUUGCACCUAAUACGUUCAAAGGAGGAGUUUUCAAAAUUACCAGAAUACGAUGUUGGAGGAUAACUACAGCCGUUUUAAAUAAAGAUACUGACGAAGAAGAUGAAAAACUGCAAACCGAAUUGGCUUUCGAAUAUCUGAUUGCAAAAAAUACUUUACAAUGGAUAACAGUCACUUCAAAUCAAGCAAUUUUAAUGAGUAUGCUUCUGCAGUCUAUGGUUGAUGAACUUUUACUUAAAAGAGAAGGAGAAAGAGUUAAAAAAGUUUCUUCACCCACAAAAUCACCACUUGAAACAUCCUAUUCCAAUUCUGAUAUUCAAAAUAGUAUUUCGGAAACGGCACCACUUUCAAAGAGUAGAUCUUAUAAUGAAAAGUUGCAAACUAACACAGCCUUUGAGGAUAUAGGAGACGAUGAUCUGUGA